AUGUCGCUCCGUCGUGGUGUGUUGGCUCUCGCCCUGCCUGUCUUGGCAAUGGUGCUGGCUGGCUGUGGUUGUGAGCGUGAUGGCAUGAUCACAUGUGUUGUCGACAAGACCUCGCAGUCGCACGAGACUUGUGGCGUCACAGAGUACAGCAAAGUCAUGAGUGGCGAAACAACCGUGGCAGACUGCUGCGCGGCGCUCAAAGCGGUGCAGGAUUGCUACGCGGUUUGCUCCUGUGACACGGAGUGCGCAGAUGAAGACAAGGCCUUGGUCUGCCCAACAACAGGGAAAGUCAGUGAUCCCAUUAGGUUUUGGGAGUUGAUCCUAGCUGGUCUGAACAAGGAUGGCGAGACCUGUGCCACAGCGGGUGUAACAGGCUUCUGUGGGCACACUCGAUCUCCUUUGGCCAGCGAAGCUGCUUUCACGGGUGCGCAGGUGUGGCUGAAGUUUCCCACUGAGGACGAGGCAAAGGUCUUCUGCGACGAGAACGAAGCCACUUGGUGGUUACCCGUCUUGGCCUUUUGGAGCUGGGCCAGGUUCUUUUAA